CUUCUCUCAACAUUAGCAAAGUAUAAUCGAAAAACACACUCCCAGUAUCCGCACAAAAUGCCACCACACACAUCCUCUGAUCCUUUGGGCCCACCGUUCCAAUGUAGUUACCCAGAAUGCAGGGCACAGUAUCGACGCAAAGAACACCUGAAUCGACAUGUUGCCAACCAUGCGCAAGGAGAUCGCUUUUCUUGCCCGUAUUGCAAGAGUACAUUGACAAGAAGCGAUCUCUUACGCCGGCACAUCUGGAAUUACCAUCCAGGGAAACAACCACUCCCGUCUCGAACCCGGAAGGCAUGCAGCACUUGUCAUAUCCGGAAAACACGCUGUAAUGGUGGAUCGCCUUGCAAUGCAUGCCAGCGACGAGGCGUUACCUGCUCACUUACUGAGAAUGGAAACGCACGUGACGGAUGCAAUCUCAAUAAGAGUAUUAGCGACUUGCAGAGGCCACCCGACAUACAAGUUGGCUCCGCACUACCUAAGUCCAACAUAUCUAAUUCGACUUCCGACGUAUCUCGAUGGGUCGCUCAUGACUACGUCGAUAUCUACUUUAAAAGUUUUCAUCCGGUGUGGCCAUUCAUUCACCAAGGUACGUUUGAUUUAUCUAAGGAGCCUUGUAUACUUAUCCAAUCUAUUGUCAUGAUUGGCUUGUGGAUUGAAGGAGGUCAAAACGCGCGGGACGCAGCAGUGGAUCUCCAUCAUAAACUAUGUACUGCGAUUCGUGCUCAGAUGGACCAAUGGUUUAUACCUGAAUCAAGGUCGCUCCAAAACACUAGUACAUGCUGGCCUAUGGCGACAUACCAGAGUGUGCUCCUGCAGGUUAUUUUUGCACUAUUAAAUGCUAAAGAGCAGACGAUUCCUGAUUUAAGCUUCCGAUACCGACUCCAACCUGACGAAUACGAACUACUAGUGCGUCUUGUCCAAAGCUGUCGGCGACUGGGUAUGUUUACCUACCCAAAUAUGCUUGCACAGCACGGUCCUACUGCGCCACUAGCACUUGUUUGGGUGAAUGUGGAAGAGAUCAAACGAUUUGGAUUGGCACUCUAUAAGGUGUGCCGGAUGUGCACUCGGUCUGACUCAGCUGGUGGAGACAUCAAUGGUGCGGAGUGUGAGUUGUUGGGCUUGCAUGACUUGUUGUUCUGCCUGCCGGAUAGCGAUGAGGUGUGGAAUGCUCCAUUUAGUAUGGGAUCUGAGAUACUUCAGAAGGUUGCUUCACAAACAAACUUGAGAGAUAAUCGAGAUUCGAAGGGUUGGAUCUCUCAAACGUCGACCGUUCUGCAUGACACAGGCGUUGCCUUCGAGUGGAUAUAGUCAGUCAUAGUAUCGUUGGCGCAUUGGGAGCCAAUUAUUCCUGUUGACAGUUGUAUCUUCAAAACUGUUUUCAUAUCAGCCCCGUGAACAGCCCGUGUGCACUGUCCAAAAUAUAAAGACUGUUGUAUAUUUUAUAAUUAUCUUCUAUUGUUCCUCCCCCAGCAAUUCCACCCUUGCAGACAUCUCCACCAAUAAGACAAUUUUCCAUCCUUGCUGUGAUCCGUCCCCAGCCUGGCCUUU